CCGGUCCAAAUGGAUUGGCUAAACGAUUUCCUUCUCUUCUUCUACACCUUCAUUCACCCAUAAUCUUUGUUCUUUUCUGCUCCAAUCUCCUCAACAAUGGCGUCUCUACAAGAAUUGCUCACUCGAGAAGGCUUCGAGGGGGAAAAUUUCUCCAAUAAUCGAAAGCCCUCGAGGCCCAAUGGAGGAGGAGGAAGAAGAAGAAGAAGAAGAACAGUUUCAGAUGGCUCUGUUACUCUGCCCAUUUACAUAUGCCAUGACAAGAAAAUCAUCGAUUCUUCAAAGAAGAAGCUCGAUAAAGCUCUUGUGCGAAAUGGGUCUUCGGUAUAUUCAUCGAAACGAGUGGGUUCGGUUUCCGAGACCUCGCUCUGUAAAUCAAUGGAGGGUUCUAAAGUGGAGGAGCCCGCCAUUGAUGGAAUUGCUAUUAGAGCUGUGGUUUCGAUUCUUAGUGGGUAUGUGGGUCGGUACUUAAAGGAUGAGAGUUUUAGGGAAAUGGUGAGAAAAAAGUGUAAAUCGUGUGGGAUUUGCGGCAAUUUGGAGAUGGGUAUGAAGAGUGUUGAUAGAUUAGUUGAAGAACGUUAUGGAAAUGAAAAGGAAUUGAGAGUUAAAGCUUCGAGGAAUUCCAUUGGGCUUCUGAAUAUGGUGAUUUCCGCAACAAAAACGAUGAAAAAUGGUACUCGUUCUCAUCUCUCUGCUUGUGCUCUGCUUUAUUUAGCGAUUGUUUAUAAGAUAGAGAAGAACGAGAAGGUUUCUGCUAAGCAUGUUCUUCAAUUGUUCUGUGAUUAUCCAUUUUUUGCUCGAACCCAUUUGCUUCCUGAGCUUUGGGAGCAUUUUUUUCUCCCCCAUCUUCUCCAUUUGAAGGUUUGGUACAAUCAGGAGCUUGAAUUUGUGUCUAAUUUGGAUUAUGAACACAAGAACAGGACAAUCAAGGCCUUGAGUAAGGUCUAUAAUGAGUAUAUGGAUAUGGGAACUGCUCAAUUUGCAGUGUAUUAUAUACAAUGGCUCAAAGAUGGAGCCAAAGCUCCUCCUGUUCCUGUGGUGUCUUUACCUUCAAAAUCCAUCCAUGGAAUGUCGAGAAGGUCGUCGGAUUCGUACUUCUCGCAGUCGUCGUCGUCGAAUAAGAAUCUAUAUCAUGCUGUUUUUGGUCCCAGUCUUGACCAGCAAUUGGCCGAGUUGAGGUCUGCAGCUAAGGCAAGGAGUUCAAACGAAAGUAGUGUUCCUGUUCAUGACGAACUUAGCAACGGUAUAACGUCGUCCAUCCUCCGUUACAAAACUCAUAACACAGACUCAUGGCGUGAGACCGUGAAGUCUGACUAUUUUAGUUUCUUCACAUGUCAGAACAUAACAAAAGAACACUCAGAAAGUAGUAAUAUAGUUGCGAAAAACGCUAUCCGAGUGGAAGGACGAAACCAUAAUCUUUCUAGUGUUGUGAGCAGGGCCAUAGCUACAAUCUGCUCGUCGGAUAUUUUAAAUGACUGUGAGAUAGCUGUUCGUGUCGUAACGAAAGCUUGGUUGGAUGCUCACGGUGACGCUGCCAUUGAGGUUGCGUUAUCAAAGCCACCGGUCAUUGAGGGAAUGCUAGAGGUUCUGUUAGCUUCCAAUGAUGAUGAGAUUUUAGAAUUAGUGAUAUCAGUUUUAGCUGAACUUGCUGCAAAGAAUGAGAUUAUUAGACAGAUUAUAUUGAGUUCUGAUCCACAGCUACAAGUGUUUCUUAAACUCUUGAAAAGUAGUAGUUUAUUUCUUAAAGCAUCAAUUGUUCUUUACUUAUCAAAGCCACAAGCAAAACAAAUGGUUUCUGUUGAAUGGUUACCUCUAGUUCUUAGAGUAUUAGAGUUCGGAGGUCAAUUACAAACGUUAUUCUCGGUUCGGUGCAUGCCACAUGAAGCAGCAUUUUACCUUUUAGAUCAACUUCUUAAAGGGUUUGAUGAAGAUAGAAACUUAGAGAAUUGUAGACACUUGAUUGCUCUUGGUGGAUUAAGUUUGCUGCUAAGAAGGUUGGAGGAAGGUGAGAUUGAAGAACGAAAGAAAUCCGUUUCGAUAAUUAUGUGUUGUAUUCGAGCUGAUGGGAGCUGUCGAAACUACUUGGCCGAGAAUAUGAACAAAGCUUCACUUCUUGAACUUAUUGUUCAUGAAAGCAACACAAACUCUGAUAGGUGUGGUCUGGCUUUGCUUGUAGAUCUACUCUGUCUUAGUCGAAGAACAAGGAUCAGUAGACUCUUGGAUGGACUUAAAGAUGGAUGGAAUGGCUUGAGCAUCAUGAACGUUUUGUCGGUCUACCUUCAACGAGCUCGGCCCGAGGAGCAGCCUUUAGUUGCAACAAUACUAUUGCAGCUUGAUUUCAUGGAAGACCCUCUCAACUGCACCAUAUUCCGGGAAGAGGCCAUCGUGACUAUAAUAACGUCCUUGAACGCUCGAAUAUCUCAUGAAAAAACACAGGAGAAUUUGGCGAGAGCUCUCUUGAUUUUGGGAGGUCGGUUUUCGUGUACCGGAGAACCAACUAUAGAAAACUGGCUGUUACAACAGGCAGGUUUCAAAGAGAACUCUGGUGGUUCAUUCCACAGCAAACACAUGUAUGACGAUUUCGUGCAGUCGUAUGAAGAAGAAGAGGAAGUGGUGAAUUGGCAGCUGAAAGCAGCUACUGUGUUUUUCAACCAUGGACAUAAGAGUUUAUUGUCUGCGCUUUCGACAUCGAUGACGAGUUGUAUCCCAAGUCUAGCUAAAGCAUGUCUUGUCAUGGUUUCGUGGAUGAGCAAAUACCUGUUUGUUGUUACUGACGACAAGUUAUGUUUGAUGGCACCCUCGAUUCUAGUACCACCUUUGAUAAAAUACUUGAAUUAUGACAAAGAGGUCGAGGACCAAGUACUCGCAUCAUAUUCUUUGCUUAAUCUGAGCAAGUAUACAGAAUGUAAGCAUAUCUUUCGAUUGUUCGAUGAAGAAGCUCUCGACCAUCUUCGAAACCUUUCUUUAGUGACAUGGACAGCUGAAGAACUCAUUUCGAUCGUCGAAAGUGGAUCGACACAUCAGUAUACUGAAACAAGCUCAAGAACAUGAUUCAGGUUUCUUCUUUUUUCCUGGUUGAAUCCAUUUCCUGCUCAUCAUGAUUCAGGUUUCUGUGUUUGUUUGAUUGUUAUGUUUCAAGCUUUUACGUGUAAUUUGCUGUUAAAUUUGUGAGCUCCAGUCGUUUUGUACAUAGGAAAGUAUAAAGAAAAAGGCAUUGUUAAUGUG